CCAUCCUUCUCUUUGUAGUGCUUGUUGGUGGUGUGAGUGAGACUGUGAGUGCCACAGAAACACGAUGGUGUUGUCCAUGGCCAUUUCAUCUCUACCUCACAACUCCACCUUUCUCCACCCACUCGCGCAGUUUCACUCUCCAUCUCCAUCUUCCUCUCAAACUCUCAGAAACCUCCCAUUCAGACUCACAACCAGAAUCCAAAGCGUUGGUGUUGGAAGAGAAGCUGCAUCCUCACAACCAGGGUCAGGUCCUGAUCCCAAGGCCGGUGUUUCCCUUUACAAACCCAAAUCCUAUGAAGUUCUCGUCACUGAUGCUGCCAAGUCCCUCGCUCUUGCUCUUCAAGAUGGAACACUUCGCCUCGAGAUUGAUUUCCCGCCUUUGCCCAGUAGCAUAUCUUCAUAUAAGGGGUCUUCAGAUGAUUUCAUUGAUGCCAACAUUCAACUUGCCCUGGCUGUUGUAAGAAAGCUCCAGGAGAAAAAGGAAACCAGAGCUUGCAUAGUAUUCCCUGAUAAGCCGGAAAAGCGCCGAGCCUCUGAGUUGUUCAAAGCAGCUAUGGAUUCGAUAGAUGGCAUUACCAUAGGUUCCUUAGAUGAUGUCCCAGGAGGACCAAUGACUUCAUUUUUCAGAUCUGUUAGGAGCACCCUUGACUUUGACUUUGAAGAUGAGAAUGAAGGCCGUUGGCAGUCUAGUGAGCCUCCAUCUCUCUAUAUAUUCAUUAAUUGCAGUACACGAGAACUUGGUUAUAUAGAGAAGUAUGUGGAAAAAUUUGCUCCGUCAACACCAGCACUUCUAUUCAAUCUUGAACUAGAUACAUUGCGUGCGGAUUUAGGCCUUCUAGGCUUCCCACCCAAAGAUUUGCAUUACCGCUUUCUUUCUCAAUUCACUCCUGUGUUCUACAUUCGGAUAAGAGAUUAUUCAAAGACAGUUGCAAUAGCGCCUUAUAUUGUCAACUACAGUGGAGCUGUGUUUCGUCAGUACCCUGGUCCUUGGCAGGUGAUGCUUAAACAAGCAGAUGGCUCUUUUGCUUGCAUAGCAGAGAGUGCAACCCGCUUCACCCUUGGUGAAGCCAAAGAAGAAUUGUUAAGAGUCCUGGGACUUCAAGAAGAAGAGGGAAGCUCUCUACAAUUUCUUCGAAGAGGCUACAAGGCAAGCACGUGGUGGGAAGAGGAUUCUGAUUUGGAAUUAUCUUCUGCAUGGCGGAAUUGAGUAGUACACUGAAGAGUAUAGGUUGUGUCUUUUACAGCAUCCUCAUGUGGUGGUCAUUGAAUGCUUGCAUACAGUAAAGGAAGGCAUUUCCCACUGAACCACCCAAUUUUUAUUUUAUGUUAUUUUAAUAUUCCUUAAUGUAAUAUUUUCGCCUUCUUUCUUCCCCUUUCAGUUUGAAUGGAUGUGAUCCAUUUUGACAAAGAAAUAUGAGGACUUAGUAAACUCAAUUUGUACAUCAGCUUGGAAUGCAGCAUAUUAUUUGUUUAA